CCCCUUCGUCCCUGCGCCAGGCAGGGCGCCCCCGACUCCCGGCGGCCGCGGCCCGGGAACAAUGAGAAGCCGGCUUCUUUAAGGGAGAUACCACCGCGCCGGCGGGGCAGGGGACGGCGUCUUCCCAGAUGAUAGCACCCAGCCCCGCGCCGCCACCGCCACACCGGCAACUGCACCGUCCGCAAACAUGGCUCAGUGGCUCUGACAAAAGGUGCAGCCUCCCUCCCGGCGGCGCCGACGCCAGGCCUCCCGGUCGGGCCGCGCCUCCCCGCGGGCCCGCGGAAGAGCCCCGCAUACCGCAGGCACCGCAGUCCCGCGCCGAGGAAGAUGCACCGGGCGUUCCACCCCAGCGACCCCCGCACACCUGCCCGCCGCUCGAAACCUUGACCUUGAAGAUGGUGAGUAGCCAGCCAAAGUACGAUCUAAUACGGGAGGUAGGCCGAGGUAGUUACGGUGUUGUAUAUGAAGCAGUCAUCAGAAAGACCUCUGCACGGGUGGCAGUGAAGAAAAUUCGAUGCCAUGCACCCGAAAAUGUUGAACUAGCCCUACGAGAGUUCUGGGCACUAAGCAGUAUCAAGAGCCAACAUCCAAAUGUGAUUCACUUGGAGGAAUGCAUCCUACAAAAAGAUGGGAUGGUGCAAAAGAUGUCCCACGGCUCUAAUUCUUCCCUUUAUUUACAGCUUGUAGAGACUUCAUUGAAAGGAGAAAUUGCCUUUGAUCCCAGAAGCGCCUAUUAUUUGUGGUUUGUGAUGGAUUUUUGUGACGGAGGAGAUAUGAAUGAAUAUCUGUUGUCCAGGAAACCCAAUCGUAAAACUAACACCAGCUUCAUGCUUCAGCUGAGCAGCGCCCUGGCUUUCUUGCAUAAAAACCAGAUCAUCCACAGAGAUCUUAAGCCUGAUAACAUUCUGAUUUCUCAAAGCAGGUUGGAUACCAGUGACUUGGAACCUACACUGAAAGUGGCUGAUUUUGGUCUAAGUAAAGUUUGUUCAGCCUCUGGGCAGAACCCAGAAGAACCUGUCAGUGUAAACAAGUGUUUCCUUUCCACAGCAUGUGGAACAGAUUUCUACAUGGCUCCUGAAGUGUGGGAGGGACAUUACACAGCCAAAGCUGACAUCUUUGCUCUGGGGAUUAUCAUCUGGGCGAUGCUGGAAAGGAUCACAUUCAUAGACACAGAGACAAAGAAGGAACUCUUGGGGAGUUACGUAAAACAAGGAACUGAGAUUGUGCCUGUUGGGGAGGCGCUUCUGGAAAAUCCCAAAAUGGAACUUCUCAUUCCUGUGAAGAAGAAGUCUAUGAAUGGGCGAAUGAAACAACUGAUUAAGGAAAUGCUAGCUGCAAACCCUCAGGAUCGUCCAGAUGCUUUUGAACUAGAACUCCGAUUAGUGCAAAUUGCAUUUAAAGAUAACAGCUGGGAAACGUGACACAUACAUUAUUUGCAAAUAUCUUGGAUGAUAUGCUGCUUCUGUUAUAACAGUGCUGCAACAUAAUGUGGCUGAAAAGAAUAUAAAAAGCUAAACUCCACCUUCUAAGGGUUUAGAUUUUAUUGUGGGGUGUUUUUUUUCCUCUUAAGUCCAAGCUGGCCAUUUUGUUAAUAUGUUUUAAAUGUGUAUUACCAAUGUGGGUGUAAAUUUUUUUUAAAUGAUCAUUGGUAGAAGUUUGGCAGGAAAAUUCUCUAAGAGCCAAGAAAAGAAGGGAGUCCAGUUUUCUGAAAAUAUGUCUCUAAGUAUUUUAGACAUUCCUUGUCAGUAUUAGGAAUUUCCAUGGAAGAGAGGUUUGCAUGCUGGUAAUGCAAGCUUUGAAGCUUUGUAAAGGAAACAUAUAUGUAUAUAUUUAUGUAUAUGUAAGUAUGUGAAUGUGUGCAUUUUGCAUUCCAUAUGAAGAAAAUGCCACUUCUGUUUAAAUUAUUUAAUGUAGGUUUGGGUUUUUGAGAUUUGCUGGUGAAAUCAGUGAUGAAAAAUAAAAGAACCUUCCCUCGUCUUCCUACCCUGUCCCUCCCUCUAAUGAAAUCAUCCUAAGUUUUUUAUUUUUGUAAUAUUAUACAACUUUUUUUUUUAAGGCAUCAUUUUGGAGGGUCUAAAAUUAUCUGAUUAAACAUAAAUGAAAUUAAGUGAUCCAAAGCUGCUGAAGUAUGUGUGAGCUCUCCAGUGGCCUGUAGCUGGAGGAGUUGGAUUGGCCAUGCAGUCAUGCGGUAGCAGGUUGGCAAGGACACUGAUGAUUCAGUCAUACCUUCUUUAGGUAACCAAGUAUUCAGUUAACCAAUUAAACCACUGCAUUGGGACAUGUCUGCACUUGAGCAUCUGCAAUCUGAUAUAAAUCUGCAUACAAGAUUCUUCUGUUUCUGAAAACUUUGCUAUAUGUAACUAUAGCACUUGAUAUAUUAAUUUUUGAUUUUAAGACUUUGUCUAAGCUUCAUGAAGUUGAAGAAACAAAGUGAGCUCUACCCUCACAUUGCCUGCCCUGAUACGGUCUCUUGUUUAAUUCCUGGGAUUCCUUUCAUUUGGGCACUAAUGCUCUUUUCUCUUGUUUGAUUUGACACAGUAAUGGUAGUGAUAUGGUUGUAGUAUUAAAUGUCGAUCACCUUUUUCUAAAGUGGGAGAUGAUACCUAUACAGUUUGGCAAAUGGAUAAAAUAUUGUGGCGUCAACUCUAUCUUUGAAGUAGAAAAGUUAUGAAUUUUAUAUAGUCACUUGGUAUGGUCUGUGUCAAAAACCAGUAGACCAUUAUUAUUCUUGAAGUCGAUUUGAUUUUAGCCUUAUAUGGUUGUCUCCAACUUGUUUUCCUGUAAAUCCAGAUAGUUAAAAUCUAAGGAAAGGAAAUUUUCCUAAAACAGAACAUUAGCCUUUAAGGUUAGAUAGACUUUUAAGACCAUUGUAUCUAGGUUAAUCUUUAUAAAGCACUAGAAUCUUUGGUCAAAAGUAAAAAAAAAAAAAGUAUUAGAAUAUUGAGAUCAUUGAUAGUUUGUGUAGUCUCAGCUUUUUUGAACUUCCACAACUUUUGGAAUAUUGCUAUCAUAAUUUUUUCCUUAUUUAAAAUGUGUUCAGCAGACUACAGAAGGUGAAAAAGCACAAAAAAUUGGAGUACGUAAAAUUUCUGGACUAUGCAUUACUUGGUCUGGAAGUUUAAAAUUUGGACCAAAAGAUGUUAUUGAAAUAAAGCCUUUUAAAAUAAAAAAAAAAUCAUAUACUUUUAACACCACUUUCAAGCUAAUAAAUGUAAGAAUUCUUUCGGAAAUUAGAGGUGGAAAUGCACUGGAACCUCGUGAUCACCAAAUUAGUGUAACACACUUCUGGCCAAAGGGAUUGAUUUACUGGAAGUAAAAAGCAUCAUUAUAACAUUGAAGUGUCAAUAACAUGGCACUUCAGCAGAGACUCAUGAUGACUCAGGUGAUGGUAUGCCAGUGCUUCAUUUGCUCUUCAAAUAUCUGUGUGCUUGGAGCCAUGGUUUCCUAAGCACGUAGUUUUUGGUCCUGCCUCAUUUAAAAAUAGUUAACGAUUAUCAUUUAUUUUGAAAGAUUUUACAUGUGAAGUGGAAUUCUUUCAUUGACAGCAAGGGUGUGAGGUGAUGAGGAAGUUUCUUCUGGAAUUUUCUCAAGUCCUUGUAUUCUAAAAUAGCCUAUGAUACCAAGCAAAAUGAUAGUAAAUUGUCUGUCUUUAUUCUUUCAGUCAGGAGGUAUUUAUUAAGUACCUACUGUGUGCUCAGCACUAAAGGUCAGUUGAUAAAAUGACAGUUUAAAAAUGGUGUAUAGCCAUAGGUCUUUUCCAGUCAGGAGUAAGAAAUAAAAGAGGAUUAGUGAUACUUGGAAAUUCCUGGAUAUUUGCCAGAGGAAACAUGAAAGCAAGAAUUUGUGCACAGUGCCUUGCCCAUAGUAGGUACUCAAUAAACAAUUAUUCCUCAUAGAGUCUCUUGCCAUGGUUUCAUAGUGUUUUAUGAAAUUUGUCUUAAUUGAAAAAAGACCAAAUAUUUCAAAUAAGCUUAUAGGCAGCUGUCGCCAGUUAAAAUAUGGGGUUGUACAGAUAGUUCUAGAAUGUUAUUUUGCACUAGAUGUCACUUAGAAAGAUGGGGUUCCUGUAGAUUUUUGGUGCUAAGGGAUACUUUGUCAUUAUGAUGAAGUAAGUGUUAAGUGUCAGAUAAAUAGCACACUGAAUAGUUCUUUCUGCUGGUCUGUUUUUUCCUCUUUGUUGUUGUUGUUUUUAAUUGUAAAAUGUUUAUCAAUCACACUAUUGUAGCAGCUACAAAAUAAUUCACCAGCAUGACAAAAUGGUCAAAAAAUAAGUCAUCAGCACUUCAAAAAUGAAAGCAACUUUUGAAAUUUUCUUUUAAAAUUGUCAAAUAUAUUUUAUGAAGAAUUUAUAAAAGGGGGGAAAUGAUUGUAAUUUAUUGUUCAUGACUGUUUUUUUU